AUGUAACAAGUAUUGAUAGAUUUCACUCGCGACGCGCCCGCUACAACAUUUCUAACUAUACGGCGAAUUAUAUUUCUUCCCGCGGCGGACAGCGACAGCGGUGUUUGUCGACACGCGGAGCAAAUGUGACUGACUUCCGACUGGUGACCCCUUUCUCAAACUGUAAUGACAUGAGCGCUCCAGCAGGAAGCUCAAAUCAUUUUGUGUUUAGAAACAUUGUAGCGCGUCCGCCGAGACUUGUGUCUGUCCGACUGUGGGGAAUAAUGGAGCGUUUUUGAACCGGCCUUUAACGCAGAUACUGUAGCGCUCGAUCCGAUGUUUUAAAUGUGUGUCGUGUCCGUCCAUUUGGACGCAUCAAAAGUAAGCAAAUCGCUGUUCUGAAGCCAAAUGGAAAGCUGAACCAUGGCAGCAAAAGAGGACCUAUAUGCCAAAGUCGCUCCGCGGAUGCAGCGGCAGAACCGGCCAGGAACUGUCAAACAUGGAAAUAGUCUGGAUGUUUUGCUGUCAAUGGGCUUCCCUAAAACCAGGGCGCUAAAAGCUCUGGUUUCGACUGGGGGCAGAAAUGUACAAGCAGCCUGUGACUGGUUGUUCUCUCAUGUGGAUGACCCGUUCCUGGAUGAUCCUUUACCCAGGGAGUAUGUGUUGUACCUGAAACCCAGCGGUCCUCUCCUCAACCAGCUUUCCAACUUCUGGCAGCAGAGUCGCAUCACAUGUGGCAAGAACAAAGCCCACAACAUCUUCCCUCACGUAACCCUCUGCCAGUUCUUCAUGUGUGCAGAUAGCAAGGUAGAUGCCCUCUGUGAAGCUCUGCAAGCAGUGGUGGGUCAGUGGAGAGGUCGUUUCCCCUCCCCACUCCCCCUAGAAUUCUACUCCUCCUCAAACUUCAUCGGCCUCUUUGUGGAAGAGAAGGUGGCUGAGGUGAUCAAGAGCUUUGCAGCAGACUUUGCCACUGAGGCAGCUUCCAAAGCAGAUGUUCAUGUGGAGCCCCAUAAGAAGCAGCUUCAUGUAACUCUGGCCUACCACUUCCAAACCAAUCAUCUUGCAUCAUUAGAAAAACUUGCCAAAGGUGUAGACAUAACCCUGGGCUGUGAUUGGCAGGCUGUACUCUUGUCACGGGACAUCCGAUUUGCCAAUCAUGAGACCCUGCGGGUGAUGUACCCUUAUGUGCCUCAGAAUGAUGAUGAACUGGAGCUGGUGCCCAGUGACUUCAUCUUCAUGUCGUCUAUAGAACAGACCACUGCCAGUGAGGGCUGGGUCUACGGGACCUCGAUGAGCACAGGGUUAUCUGGGCUACUGCCAGAAAACUACGUCAACAGGGCAGACGAGUGUGACACUUGGGUAUUUCAUGGGUCUUUCUCUUUCCUUAAUGGAACCCCCCCAACCAAUAUCAGGGGUGCAAUGGGUGGGAUUUUUCUUGACCCACACUUGGACGGUCGUCUCCUUGAUGACCCCAUGCCAGUGGAUCCCCACAGUCUGAGCGUUUUAUGUCAACCUAUGCAGAUCCUACGACCCAAUCAGUCUCAUUUGCCUAAGAGAACGUUGUUUGUGUGUCGCCAUGGUGAGAGAAUGGAUGUAGUGUUUGGGAAACACUGGAUCACUCAGUGCUUUGAUGCCAAAGGUCGGUAUGUGCGGUCAAACCUGAAUAUGCCAACGAGUCUCCCAGCGAGGAGUGGGGGGUACAGGGACUAUGAUAAGGACUGUUCUAUCACUGUGUUCGGAUCCACACAGGCUCGUCUAGUCGGGGAGGCUCUCCUGGAAAGUCAUACAGUGGUAGACUUUGUAUACUGUUCUCCAUCUCUGCGCUGCGUGCAAACAGCUCAUAAUAUCCUCAAAGGUCUUCAAAAGGAUGGGAAGACUAAGAUCAGAGUUGAGCCGGGUUUGUUUGAGUGGACUAAAUGGGUGUCGGGAACCUCAUUACCUGCCUGGAUUCCUCCUGCAGACCUGGCGGCUGCAAACCUUAGUGUGGAUACAACGUACAGACCUCAUAUUCCUGUCAGUAAACUGGCCGUGUCCGAGUCCUAUGAAACAUACAUCAGUCGCAGCUUCCAAGUGACGCGUGAAAUACUGUCAGAGUGCAAUAAUCUGGGAAAUACAGUGCUGAUUGUGGCCCAUGCUUCCUCUCUGGAGGCUUGUACGAGGCAGAUACAGGGACUGACCCCACAGAACUCUAAAGACUUUGUGCAAGUGGUCAGAAAGAUACCUUACUUAGGCUUUUGUGCUUGUGAGGAGAUGGGUGAGACAGGCGUUUGGCAGCUUGUGGAUCCACCCAUCCUACCCCUCACCCAUGGGCCCAAUCACAGCUUUAACUGGAGAGAAACACUGCUGCAAGACUGAGAGGUUCUGCAACUUUUACCCUCACUGCUCUUCCUCCAAAGGCAACAGAGACGUGCUUACAGUCACACCAUCACAGAUCUGCAUUAUAGCACUAUAAACGGCUCAUGCUUCCAUAGCCACGUUCUUGCACUUCUGCAAUACACCUCAUUGACCCUGUCUUAAUAUAUAAAGCAUAAGAGCAGUAAUAUUUGCGAUAGAUUUCCAUAACGUGCUCAAACACCAUUUUCCGGCCUAUAGACAAGCUGCAGCAGAACCCUUGCAUUCAACUGUAGCCCAGGAAAAACUAAAAAUCUGAGCGCUUCAAAGCCACACGUGCACAGCGAUAAACUCAGGUUUCCUGCCUCAGUGAGGAGGAAAUAGUGCGCAAAGUUGAUGAGUCAUCAUCCAACACUUCCAAAACGGAUGCCGCUGGACUCGAGCUGGGUCUCUGAACCCUUUGUAAACUCCAUUUUCCUAGACUCUGUAGGGGAAUGAGAUUCUCCCUAUUACACUGUGAAUCAAAUAGACAUGCACAACCUAUCGCAUCAAGAUUUCCCAAUUACACCUGCUACAAGCCCACUCACCAACCUCCUGAAAGCACAAGAAUAUAAUCUGGCAAUCAGAUAGACUGAGACCAAGCAGCUUUAAAGUAGUUUAGAAAUGGAUUUGGUGGACAGCACAUUCGUCCUGUGCCUUGCUGUCAUGCUGCUACUGUUAAACACAUUGCAACUAUAGGACACUUUGGGAGGACUGUUAGUUAGGGCUUAUUUGGAGACGGUAUUUAAAGAUGUACUGUCACGCUUUUCGCAUGUAGGGUCAAUUUUAAAAGAGGGAGAUGAUAAACCCAGUGAGGACGUCAUCAAAGGCAGUGCCACAAAUGGUUUUAACUUCUUAAGCAGCAGCUUAAAUAAUGUUAUGUGCAGCUGUUACGCUGAACGGCGAGCUUUACUUUCUGAGCACUUGAAAAAUCGAACCAAACAGGAAAGAAUGCUUCAACAAUGUAAAGAAUUGUACAUUAAUGCAUAAUGUGUCUGUAUAUACUAAGUAACAUAGUAAAAUCCAUUUGAUGUGUUUCACCUUUAAAUGGAAAAAAUAUAAUUGCAUUUAUUUAUGUAUUCAUAAGAUAGUUGUAAAGAGAAUAUGUUGGUGCUUCAGGUUUGUUUUUUGUUUGUUAUUUCCUGUUUUUGGAAUAGAGAAAUCAAGCCAUAGCAAAUGAUGAUAUAAAUCACUAUAUAAUGCAGUGUUUCUCUCCACUCCCUGCACUUACAUAAGCAUAUCUGUUACGAUUACUGUAAUAUGCCAUCUGUGUUCCCUGAACUUCAUAACUAUUUUAGCCCACCUAUGGUUUGACAUUUAAUGAUGAUAAGGAGGAGGCAUGCAUAAUGAGAUGUGCAAUGCACUGCACAAGCAAAAGAGGUUUAUGGGCUGUCUGUUUUUGCUAUAGUUUUCAGUCUGUGCUCAUGUAGUGCAUUUACUUAAAGAUAAACGUAGAUGUUAUGUUUUUACUUUUUUGCUUUUUUAUUGAGUUUAAGAGUUGAUCUCUUGCCUAAAUGGUUCCUGUCAGGGGAUGAAAGGGAUAGUUUUACCCAAAAUGAUUUUCCAAAAUUGUUUAUUGCAUUUCAAACAUAGAAAAAACAGACAAUGAAACUAUCAAUAUGAAUAAAUAAGUAAAAGUAAAGCAACAGAUACACCAGAUCAGUUGUCAGAUUUUUUUGCAUUUUUUUUAUUCAGUCUAAUAUAGUGAAAGAAGAGAAUUUUUCUCUUGCUGGUUUAGCCAUGUUAAGUUGUGUGUUCAUAGUUCACAAUUUUGAUGAGGCUUUGUAUCCAUAGCCAUGGUAUAAACCUAUUUUGUAUAUAUUCAGGCCACAAUAUAUACUGAACGCAAAUGAGAACUUUGUGUGCCUGCGUAUGACUACUAUACUUUUUUUAUUUUUAGAUAGUUUCAAUAAAUCACAAAGGUUCAUAGAAAUGACCUCAACUUAAAGAUCCAGCUGCAUUUAUAGUUAACAGCCCACACAAAGGGAAGGAACACACAAAUCCAUCAUGUUGAAAUAAUACACAAGCUUAUUUUAUAAGUCACUAUUCAUUAUAAUUGCUUUCUGCUUUUGCGUUCCAUGGUUUGGACCAACAUUGGUGUGAGCAAUUUUCAGUUUUGGGUGUACUAUCCCUUUCAAACGUUUCAGAUUACAGGGAGUCAAAGACAAAUCUGUCUUCAUUAAUUUGGCAUUUUCCAGCUCAACAGUAAUAUAGCCUUCUAUAUGCUUCCUACUCAUGAAUUUAAACGAGACCGCACAUAUGACUUUGUGGAGAUUUCUAAUUAGCCGAGCUAGUGUACGUGUGUGUGGGUGUGGUCGAGUGUUUGUUCAUGUGCUAGAAGAUGAAAAUUCUGUUCUACCAUAAAAAAUAAUUACCUUAUUAAAUCAUCCUCUUCUGCUAUUACAACAUGUCUACCGUGAAUAGAUCCUUGUUCUUCCAAAUAUGGCAACACACAAGCAUCAUGUGUAUCAGUGUGUAUUACCACAGAGGGUUGAAUGAGUACAGCUUGACAAAAGCUGAUUCAUAACUGCGGUUGAUUCACCGAGAGGUAAUAUUGUCACUGUAUGUUUUCAGAAGCAUGCUAUGUGUGCAACUUCUUCUGAUUGUUUGAAAAUGAAGGGGGAUUGUUUGAAAAUGAAUAUGAGCCAAAGUGCUUCAUUGAUUUUUUUUUUUCAGAGCCAGAAUAAAUCAUUUUUAAUGCGUAUACUUUAAGCAUAUUCUGACCAACAGUUACCAUUUUGGCCAUGAUGAGGUUUUGUGUUUGUCCUGAUGCUCUUGAGACUCAUGAGAUGUUUUAUAUACCCUUCUGAUCAGUGACUGGGGAAAUCAAUAAACAUACAAAAUCUAAAAACAAAAUAGCAAGAAAUAUAAAACAAGUGUAUUACAGAUUGCUAUUUUAGCUGUUGUUAUUUUAAUUGUUGUUUGGUCCUCCCUGAAAUGAGUCAUGUUUAGUUUAUAUAGGACUUUAUGCUUUCAUUCAGGUCAUCUAAUAUAUUUAAAGUUAUUCAAGUUUUACCUUGGGGGCGUUUUAGCAACUUAAAAAUUAUCCUUGCAUGCCCAAGAAGAAAAUGCAAAUGCAACACCUCCAUAGUGAACAGUUGUACAUGAAAUGACUGCACAAAACAUACGUUAUAGUUCAGUGCUCAAAAAUUUGAACCGAGAUUCCAAAAUCAUGUGUGACAUUCUGCCACAGAGCUACCUUUUUAAGUUUGAUUGUUGAUUUUUAUUUUAAGACUUGUUUUAAUGCGCAAUGUUUGUAAAGCAUGUUUGCAAAUAAAUAUUUUGUCAUCCUGCA